AUGUCCAAAAUAGUCACAGCAUCUGGUGCAACCUCCCGAGCCCGAGCUCGCGACAGGCAAGUCAGCCGUGGAACUGUGUGGACUGUGGGCGGUCUUGUUACAGGACAAGAAGUUUUGGACGACGGCCAAGGCCAUCCUAUCCAGAGGGGUACCCAUUCUCAGAUCUUUACUUCAUCAUUCUUUAACGCCGGCGCCGACUCGCAGAAUGAAAUUAGCAAUUACCAUGGUCGUGUCGCCUCGGCUCUCGAAAUGGACUGUGUCCGCAAGAUUCUUGAAUUCAGACGCCGGACAUCAAUCUCCCGAAGCGACGAGAUUUAUCAGUUCAGCCACCAUCAAAGUCCCUCCAAGACCACCUGGGACGGUUCAAAAUGGGUGAACGAUACAGCAAAGAAAGUUUUGGAUGCUCCCAACCUCAGAGAUGAUUUCUAUUGUUCCAUACUUGCGUAUUCACCAACGAGCCGAACCCUCGCCAUAGCUUUGGGUGGAAGCCUGUACACCUGGUCCGAGAGUCUUGGCGCCUAUCCGAUGUACAGAGUCUCUGAGCACCGUAAUUGGAUCACAUCUGUGGCCUUCUCAUCUGUCGAAGGUGGCAGGAGUAUUCUUGCCGCUGGAAUGAUCAAUGGGUUACUUAUUCUCCAGUCAACAUACGACGCCAUACCUCGUUUUGAGAUUCAAUUCCCCCAUGGUGAGGUGAAAAGGGACACCUGGUCGGGAACACUCGUACUGGUUGCUAAGAUCUCGAUUCAUGAGCAACAGAUAUGUGGUAUUGCAUGGUCUCAGGAUGGAGAGCUCUUUGCCUCAGGGGCAAACGAUGACCUCUGCUGCCUUUUCGACAUAAGCGACGUCCUUGACAUCAGUCCACCCCUUGAAUCCUCUCCUCACCCAAGCCGCUGGGAUGAGGGGCCUUUUACGCCAGUUGCGCAGGACACCGAUGCCGAGCCGAACCGUUGGUCAAACAACGGUAGAAGACUCAGGGCUUCCAUGAAUCGGACAUCUGAUACUGAUGCGACAGAGAUACGUACGGGGAAUGUAGUGCAUGGGGCUGCGGUCAAAGCCAUAGCAUUUUGCCCAUGGAGGCCAGGCCUCAUUGCCACGGGAGGAGGUUCUAGCGACAGAUGCAUCCAUUUUUUCCACACAAGAUCUGGCUCGGCACUGGCAACCAUAGCCGUGUCAGCACAAGUGACAUCGCUGAUCUGGUCGACAACACGACGGGAAAUUGCAGCCACAUUGGGCUACUCCCAACCAGACCACCCAUACCGUAUUGCCGUCUUCAGGUGGCCUGAAUGCACACAGGUUGCUGCUAUUCCGUGGGGCAUUGGCCUGCGCGCGCUACAUGCCAUUCCCUAUCCAACGUUUCCUCAGCCCGGAAAUAGGAGGAACGAAAGAGAAAGCAGCAAAGAUCACCUACAGGGCUGCCUAGUAGUGGCAGCAAGUGACAGCUCGGUCAAAUUCCAUGAGAUUUGGCCAAAUGAGAGCAGGAUAGCAAUCGGUGGACCGGGGACAUUAGCGGGGAGUGACAUCCUGGAGAGCAUCGAGGGCAUCGACAAGGAGGGAGAAAUCAUUCGUUGA